AUGCUCCUGCCCGCAGCCCGGCGCACCGGACAGCGACCGAGACCCUCCGGCUCCGCCCGCUCACGCCUCAGAGGUCCCGGCCCGGCUCGUGACCGAGCGCUGCCCCGGGAGCGCGACCGAGGCGGCCCCGCCGCCCGGGAAGGGGCACGGCUGAGGCCCCAGCACCGCCCACCCGGGGUCGCCCCGGCAGGCAGAGGACUUGCCCCAGCCCGCGGGGGCCGCUUUCCGCGCCCCGGGGAAAAGAUGCGGCGGAGGAAAAGAGAAAGGGAAGGAACCGGUCCGUGCCAGAAGCGCCGGGGGCCGGAUGGCCCCGAUGGCCGCGGAUGGCGCGGCCGGGACUCACCGGUGCCGAUGGCGCGUCCACCGCGGGCUCGGCCGAAAGAGGGAGGCGCCCCCCGCGCAAGCGCUUAUGGGACACGCGGGCGGUCCUGGCAGGGGCGUGUGGCGCCGCGGCCGUACACACACGGCACCAGGCGCCGGCGAGGCGGCGCGGAGGUCAGGCCGCCGCCGCAGCGAGGUGGCACCGGGCAGGGAGGUUCAGUCCGGCGGGGGCGCCCAGAUCGGUUCUUCCCGCCCAGUGCCACGAACAGCGUGCCUGCUAUGAGGCUGGCAGGACCUGGUGGCGUCACACCGCCGGCCUGUGCCCGCCAGCCACUUCCGCCAGUACGAGCGGGCGGGCAGGCGCCGCCUGGCGGCGUGGCGGAGCCGAUUGCGGCGGGUCCUGGCCCUCGCUGCCCCCGGUCCCCUUCACCGCCCGCGGUCCCCUUCACCGCCCGCGGUCCCCUUCACCGCCCCCGGGGUCCACAGGACCCCGGCACCCCCCGGCCCCGGGAACAGCGCGACGGUCCCGAGAGCGGCCCCAGCUCCCCGGAGCCAGAACCAACCCCGGGCCCGCUCCUCCCGGAGCGACACGGGGCCCGGCCCUGGAUGAGACUGGGAAGGCAGCAGUAG